GAGUGUCAACAAUGGCAGAGAAAAAGCAGAAAGAGCUUCGUGUGGUAAUGUUUCCGGGGCUUUCCCAAGGUCACAUAACGCCCUUCCUUGAGCUUGCCAAAAGCCUGGCCAGUCAUGGUCUUAAAAUUUUCUUCGUCUCAACUCCACCGAACAUUAAAAGAAUUAAACUCCAAGCGUUUGAGUUACAAGGGUUAGAUCUGGUGGAGUUGGCGAUGGAAAAGCUGCCAACAGACGGAGAGUCGUCCGCCGAUGUUGUCAACAUAGAAGAAGAAUUGGACCUUUUGGAGAAUCCCUUCGAAGCGCUGUUGCAAAAGCUGUUACCAGAUUUUGUGAUUUACGAUAUGAUGCAGCAUUGGGUUCCUCGUUUGGCUGCCAAGCUACCCAAUCCCAUUCCCACCAUAUUAUUCGUCAUACUGGGAGUGGCCAAAUUCAGCUAUAUGCAAGGUCAUCUAGACACCACAUCGGGAAACCCAACAGCCAAGGAUCUGACCGUGUCGCCGCCCGUAUUCCCUUCACCCAAUAUUCAUUUCACUUUGUUCGAAGGGAGGAGGGCCAUGGAGCUGGUAUAUCGUAAGCAUGCAGAUGGUCUUAGCCUUGCCGACCGCGCCAGAAUCUGCAUGCGGGAGAGUUGGGCAGUGGCGUGCAAUACAUGCUUGGAGUUGGAAGGGGCGUACGUGGAGUAUUUGCAGAGCCUGGUGAAGCGGCCAGUGUACCCUGUAGGAAUACUCAUGCGUAAACUCCCUCCACUCCCCGUUGAUGACAGUUGCUUGCAGUGGCUCGACAGGCAGCCCGCUGCAUCGGUGGUGGUCUUGUCUUUUGGCAGCGAUAACAUUCUCACCCACCAAGAGCUCGCUGCAAUUGCAAUGGGUCUACAAGAGAGCAACGCCUCAUUCCUCUGGAUUCUGCCUGCCCAAAACGACUUGCCGCAAGGUUUCCAAGAUAAGAUCCGGGAAAAGGGAUUGGUGGUCACAAAGUGGGCUCCACAGUUACACAUUUUGAGUCAUCAGUCUACAGGUGCCUUUUUUACUCAUGGUGGAUGGAAUUCGAUGACAGAAGGCUUAAGGUUUGGGGUGCCACUCAUAUACCUUCCAAUGAAAUUUGAGCAUGGGUUAAAUGCAAGGCUUGCAAAGGAGCUAAAGGUGGGAGUCGAAGUUAGUAGAAAUGAAGAGGAUGGAUCUUUUACUAAGGAGGAUAUUAGGAAAGCAAUUAGAGUCAUAAUGGUAGAAGGAGCACAAAUCAAAUGUAAUAGCGCAAAGAUUUGUGACAUGUUGACUAGCAACAACUUUCAAGUUAGUGAAAGAAACAUGAGGAGAUUUGUCUCCAUGCUUAGAACCUUCAAUAAAUAACUAGGUUG